AUUUAUAAAGUGAGAUAUAACUGCCGACGUACUAAGAUAACAGAAAACCAGUUUUCUUAAAACUGAAAAGAAUUUCCAAAAGCAUCCAUUUCUGUUUGAUAAAUCAACCCUCAUUUGGUCAGUAAAGCAUAGCAAGCCGCCAAAUCUCCAUUCUCUACUACCAUUUUUGAAAAUGGGGGAUCGCGUGGAGACAUUUGCUUAUUUCAAAAAGAAAUUAGGUGUUUUAUCGGUGGAUACUAGGUUGAAAUGGAUAGCCGAAGGAAAGACGAAUCCAACAAUGGAUAUUUCUUUUGAUGCAAUAGCGAAUUUGCAAAUGACGCCGGCAUCAUCUGCAAAGAUAAUGGUUCGUGUUUUUAUUAUUAUGAAUAAAGGUGAAGAGCCUACGCCCUUGGUUUUUAGUUUCACAGGCUUAAAUAAUGCUCGUCAAAACUGUGAAAUGAUUACAGCUGAACUUCAGAAAGCGAUUACAAGGCAACGGGACAAUACAGUCUCGGAAGCAAAAUCAUUUGGAGUGGAAUCCUUGAAUGAGAAGAACCUGAUGGAGGAUAUUGAUCUCCAAGAAUCACUUUUAACUAAUAACGGUGAGAUGUUUCAUACAUUUAAAGAAGCUGUUAUGAAAGGCCACUUGAGUAACGAGCAAUUUUGGUCUACUCGAUUGCAUUUGUUACGCGCUCAUGCCGUGGAAAGAUCACAACAAAAGGGCCCCUACAAUGUUUUAUCUUCAAUAAAACCAAAAACAGUGGAUAAUCAAAUGAAAGUCUCAUUGACCCGCCAGCAGAUUCAUGAUAUGUUUGAACAGCAUCCACAACUUCGAAAAGUUUAUGACAAGCAUGUCCCUCCAUUAGCUGAAGGAGAGUUUUGGAGUAGAUUUUUUCUAUCGAAACUAUGUAAAAAAUUUCGUGGAGACCGGAUUACACCUAUGGAUCCUUAUGAUGACAUUAUGGAUCAGUAUUUAGAUGUUGAUGAGGAAAAUCCAACUAGGAAGGACGAACCUCCUCCUUCUCAUGUACUGGAUAUUGAAGGAAACAUACAAAAUGCGAGUGUACUCGCCGAGUUACGACCAGAUGUUACCAUGCGUAUAGACAAGGAAGCCAUUCCUUUUAUGAAAAAUAUAAACCAAUUGUCGGAAAGACUUUUGGAAAAAAGCCUUGGCAGUUCGAAGCGUUUAAAAACAGAAACUGAACAUCAAUACUUGCAAGAGUCUGGUUUCCAUGAUCUAGAAGAAGAUCCCAAAGAUCCUAAAGUUAUUCUAAAUAUCCAAGAACAGGAUCAAUUCUUAGAAAAAAAUUUUGCCCCUUCCUCAAAGCAAUCGACGGAGGAACCUCUUCCUUCUCUUGAAGUAUUACAAGGCCUUUACCAGGAGGAAUCUGUGGAAUUGGAUAAUACUGAUCGCGACGUAAAUGCUUUGGCAGAAGCUGCUCAACAGCUCACGCAUGCUAUGAGAGAAAAGCAUGAGUUUGAGACUCAUGGUACAGAUAUGAAUGUCCCGAAAGAUAUAAGAGAAGAGGUAUCAAUGUGUCAUACUGUUAGCGUUGAAUUUCUACAUCAGUUUUGGAGUGCCUUGUUUAGUCCAAACUAUUCUGAUAAAAAAGUCAUGGCCCCUUUACAACAAGCAUUAUUAAAUUCUAAAGUCCGUGUAGAUGCCAUUGUUUCUCAGGCAAAAAAGCGAAAUGUUGAUCCAACAUAUAUUUAUCAGUUGGUUUCGUCGAUCCUUUCAUCAAUAGAUGUCGCAUUGCAGGAAUAUCAAAAAAGGUCAACUAUGGUUUCUUCAAGUUGAAGCCCGUGUUCUCUGUAAAUAUCUCUUCACUUUUGAUCAUCAUGCCCGUUUUACGACUGACUAUUACUUAAUGAAAUGUUUGAACCUCAUUUUUGAAAAUAGAUAUUAUAAAUUAAAAUUUGAUUUAAGCUUUAAAAUGUGUUUUCGUUGUU